UCCCGCUAUGCGAACCCGAGGCCCCGAAACCACCGGGCAUAUGCGUGCUCCGAUCCGCAGCUCCUGUCCAAGAAACGCUCGUCGUUGCCAUGGCACCGGCACCGCUGACCACCUUCGUGUCCUCCCCUGCGCAUCACCCUUGUUCCUAUUCGUAUCACCGCCGUCGCCGGGGUGCCGUCUCUGCGUCUUCGUCAUCCUCCUCUGCUAAGGCGGAGGACGUCGUCAUCGUGGGUGCGGGCAUCGCGGGUCUGGCCACCGCGCUCUCCCUGCGCCGGCUCGGCGUGAGCGCCAUCGUGCUGGAGCAGGGCCCGUCCCUGCGCGCGGGCGGCACGUCGCUGACACUGUUCAAGAACGGGUGGCGCGUGCUGGACUCCAUCGGCGUCGCGGACGAGCUCCGGGCCAAGUACCUCCGCGUCCAGGGGAUGAGGAUGCGGUCGUCGGCGGGCGGGCGUGACCUGCGCGAGUUCUCCUUCGAGGAAGAGGCUCCCGGGCAGGAGGUGCGGGCGGUGGAGAGGGGAGCGCUCCUCGCGACGAUGGCCUCCAAGCUCCCGCCAGGCGCCAUCUCCUUCUCGUCCAAGCUCAAAUCCGUCGCCGGCCAAGGGCCCGACGGCACCCUGCUGGAGCUCCAGGACGGGAGGCAGCUCCUGUCCAAAGUGGUGCUGGGCUGCGACGGCGUCAACUCCCCGAUCGCGAGGUGGAUGGGGUUCUCGGAGCCCCGGUACGUGGGGCACAUGGCGUUCCGUGGCCUCGCGGACUACGCCGGCGGGCAGCCGUUCGAGUCCAAGGUGAACUAUAUCUACGGCCGGGGCGUCCGCGCCGGCUUCGUCCCGGUCUCCCCGACCAAAGUCUACUGGUUCAUCUGCUUCAAUAGCGAAACCCCAGGGCGCAAGACAACGGAUGGCGCGGCGCUUAAGAGGGAGGCCCUGGAACUGGUGCGGGGCUGGCCUGACGAUCUGGUCGCCGUGAUGCGGAGCACGCCGGACGACGCCGUAGUGAAGACGCCCCUCGUGGACCGUUGGCUCUGGCCGGGGCUGGCGCCCCCGGCGUCCAGGGGCGGCGUGGUGCUCGUCGGUGACGCGUGGCACCCGAUGACGCCCAACCUCGGCCAGGGCGCGUGCUGCGCGCUCGAGGACGCCGUCGUGCUGGCGCGCCACCUCGCGCCCGCGGUGCUCGCGGGCGACGACGUCGGCGAGGCGUUGCGCAGGUACGAGAGCGAGAGGUGGGGGCGAGUGUUCCCGCUGACGGCGCGCGCGGGGCUCGUCGGCGCGCUGGUGCAGUGGGGCAACCCGGUGGUGUGCGCAGCGCGGGACGGCGUGGUCAUCCCGAGGCUGGUCAGGCUGGGGCCGUUCCUCGAGCACACCAACUUCGAGUGUGGCCUGCUCGACCCGGCGGCGCCGUCGGCAUGAUCGACGGGGUCAAUUUCCAAGACAUACGUCGGAACUCAACAUAAUAUUUCGAUCACGUCAAAGAUUAUUCUAGGAGUACAAUUGUUUCGUGUUGUCUACCUCUGAUAAAAAGAAAUAGGCGCUUUUAGCAGUUUUGCCACAUGUUAACACGUUUUCAGCAAAAUCACAUUACCAGAUUUA